AUGGCUGGUGCAGGCCCAAGACCACAUGUGGGCAUUGUUAUGGAGAAGAGGCCCUGCGAAAAGCCACUGUCACCUUUUAAGGGGAAAGAGAGUCAGGCCUGGGCACUGGUGGGCAGCGCUGAGAAAGGUUUCCUCCACUAUGGUGUCAUACAGAAAGGGUGGGGUGUGGCAGAAUAUGUGCCUGCCCAUCCUGGCUGGACCCCAUACCCAGUUCAGCUGAACUCUGAGCCCCUAGCAGCUAAUAAGCCCUCUUCCCUCGAUUCUGAUCUCCCACUUGAAUCACUCAUUGACCUUACUCCCCCAGAAGAGCCUGGAAGCUUUGUUUACCUGGAUUCCUCUGUGCCCACCAAGAUGCUGUCUCCACCUCAGAGGUUUGCUGGACAGCUGUCCCCACAGCUGGAUAAGGUUGCUGCCCCACACCAAGGUCUAGCUUGGCAAGAGAGGCUCCAAAAACUGCUUCUGAUGGUAGAUGGGGGUCAGAAUCAAUUUCUAGCUCUGCCUCCUCACCUCAAAAGGAAGAUCCAGACUUCUGGGCUCCAUCACACUGCAGACCACCAGGCAGGUGAAGUACCUUUUGUACCUCUGGACAGGCAGCAGUCAAAAGCAGCAAAGUUUCUUUCACACCUGAACAAGGAGGAGGAGCAGGAUCAGCAUCAGCAACUCCCUGAGGUGGUGGUUGGAACUCCACAUCAACUUGAAAAACCUAAGUUUCAGGAGCAAAUCUCCCAAGAGAAGGAUAUUUACACAAGUAUGGAUGGAGGUGAGCAUGACAGCCAUGAUCUGGAGUCCCAGGAGAACACAGAUCAGCCUCCAGAGGCCCCUGGACAAACUACACCUUCUCAAUUCCAGCUGGAGGCCCAGAAUCUCCACCCAGAGACUCCCCAGAGUCAGCCUGACCUUGCUGCUGAGGAGGGUGUGGAGCAGCUGUUGGUGCCACAGGAGGUAAAAGCUCCAUCUCUGGGUAGGAGGGAAGAACAUCAUUCACAGGAGCUGGUGGUCACAGUUAAUGUGCUUGUGAAGAACAUGAGGACCACGCCGGCUGGGAAGGAGGCUCAACCUCCUCCACUCCACCAGCAGGCCCCAGCAUCACUUUCAGAGAGUCCUGAGGGAGUGAAACCUUCUCCAACCCAGCAAGAGGCCCCAUCUCAGCCUCCAGGCUCUCCUAUGGAGACUGAACUUUCUCCCAGCCAGCAAGACCAGCCACUUUUGACUUCUGAGACUGCUGAGGAGGUAGAAACUUCUGGAAGCCAGCUGGAAGCUCUGCCUGAAACUGAAAAUCCUCUGGAGGAAGUUAAAUCUCCAGUCCAGGAAGAUACACCAGCUCUAGAAACCACUCUAGGGAGGCUAGGUGAUGAAGUAAGAAUUUCAACUCCAGCUCACCAUCAAGCCAAGCAUUCACACUGGCUCAGGCUGACAGUGAACCCUCCAGACCUACUGCUCACCAAAAGACCAGAACCCACUGCUGAGGUGAGAACUUCCCAAACCCACCAUGAGGUUCCAGCUCAAGUCUCAGUUCUACUGGAUGAUGUGGAACUCCCUGUGACAUUGAUUGAGGCCCUGACUCUGCCUCCAGAGCCCUCUGAAGGGGCUGAAUUCUUCAAGUUCCAAUGGGAGGUUCUAUUUCCAUCUUCAGAAUCCAUUCAGGAUGAGCAAGGCUCUCCCAGCCCGCAGGAGAGCAUGGAUGGGAGUCUCCAGGCUUCUGAGGAGAGUGAAGCUUCUUCAACCCAGUGGGAGGCCACAGUUGAACAUCUACAAACCUCCAAGGAGGUUGAACCAUCUUCUACCCCUGAAGGGGCUGGAUCUCAGCCUCCAGAGCUCCCUCAUGAAAUCACAGCUCAGGCUCUAGGACAUCACAAGGCAGCAGUUUCUUCUCCAACU